UGGGAAAUUCUCAAAAUAACUUGAGUUAAUCCUUUUUGCGGAAGUUUCACUUUUGAUCCGUAGUAUUUUUACUUCCUUUUUUUUCUUAGAAAAAAAAAAUUAGAGUAACAAAUAAUUUAGCCGCGUAAAUAGCGUUGUGAGUUUUUUGAAGCUAGAAUUAACUCUAAUGACGAGGUAGGCAGUUCGCGAGUUACACACUACGGACAGACACGUCAGCGGGGAAAAGAAGUGAAAUCUUUGUUGCAACCGCCAAAAAAUUAACAGCUGAACUAACUUUUCAGAUUCGGAACCGUCAAAAGUUUCUCUUAAUAAUUUAGGCCUUAACUCUUGAUAUUGGCUCAUAUGGAUUCUGACGUGGACGCUAUUCGCAGUUCUUUGGAUACAAGAGCACAAAUCGAAGACAUGGGGUUCGUUGCAAUGGUAAUUCAAAUUAUCUCGUGGAUCUCGUCUGUUACUAUGGUCUUUGGUGGCGUUGUACCGUAUGUACCGCAAUACUGGGACAUUUUGCAAUCUCGUGAUGCAGAAGGCUUCUCUAUGCAUGUGUGCUUAGCUCUGCUGGUUGCAAACGUACUCAGAAUAUUCUUUUGGUUUGGUCGUCGAUUUGAACUUCCGUUAUUAGCUCAGAGCUUUGUCAUGAUUGUUGCAAUGAUGAUGAUGUUACAGCUUUGCACUAAAACAAGAAGGGAAAGUGACAUGAGUGCAAGGAGGAGAUCAUUUCUUGAUUUCCACAGAAGGCAUUUCUGGGACUGGACACAUUUUUCUGACUAUGUGUUAUGUGUCUUGAUAUUUGUGGCUGUUGGUGGUUAUGUUACUUACUUGUUCCUUAACUUUCCAACAUUUGUGGAGCUUAUAGGAUUCUUGGCAGUGUUCACAGAAGCUAUGCUAGGAGUUCCUCAGUUCUACCGAAAUCAUGUGAAUCAAUCCACCAUAGGGAUGAGUGUAAAGAUGGUUGUAAUGUGGCUAUCAGGAGACAUAUUCAAAACUUGUUAUUUCCUUGUAAAGGUUGCACCAGUUCAGUUUUGGAUUUGUGGUUUGCUCCAGAUAUCUAUAGACAUUGCCAUACUUGUGCAAGUUUAUAAGUUUGGAAAACAAGAAAGAACUCAUUUAAGAUAACAUUACUUGUUUUAAAAUGCAAGUUAUCUCUAUGGACUGCACUAUCAAUUUUUAGUUAUAUUUAAUUAUUAUUUGCCGAAAGCAAGGUGAAUAUCGUCGAAUAAUCCCAGAGAGGAAGUCAAGGAGAUUAUUC